UAACUCAUACUUCAUCCCGCGCAACUUACAAGCUACAUCGUGAAUUUAACAACGCUAGAGAUUAAAUCACACAUCCAGAUAAUUCCCGGGAAUUUACCUCGAAACUUUGAUUAUCUUUUAGUUGAAGAGCAUUUGAGCUCGAUAAUACAAAAGGGUCCGGAUUAAGUAUUCGAGUUCAAUAUCUCGGCGGCUAGAAAACAGGACACUUCACAGGGCCUGUUCACAUACUUCACCUGCCAGCCUCACUCGAAGUCUCUUACCCACCUUCGCGCUUCUGAAUUCAUAUUCAAUCGAGCGACCAUGGGUGAUACCAUAUUCUUUCAAGGAACCUUGCAAGGUGGCAUUGCCCUUGCUAUCCAAGAGUCAAAGAUGGUACUCGCUUUUGUGACUGAUGUUAGCAACGAGGGCCAGUCCUGGGAAGAGGAGCUCCAAACAAAUGAUACACUCAAAGCACCCCUCGCAAAUCAAGCCAUUUCCUUGAGGUUACAAGCAGGAUCACAAGAGGCGGGCUUUCUCGAGGCACUAUUUCCCAUACCAAAGAAGCCCACAAUAGUAAUGAUUCAGAAUGGCACGUUGAAAGAGUACAUACAAGGUGGCACGGCGAAGCAAGAUUUGAUUCGCAGAGUCGCGGCAAUUUUGAGCACAGCAACAGCCGCCCAAAGUCGGUCAGCAACAACUCCGGCAACACAAGCGAGUCAACUAGCACCUGCUCCCCAGGCUCCAGCUCUAGCCAGGAAUAAUAGUCUAGACGAUCUAUAUGACAACUACGAAAUCCCAGCUAGAAGCUCUGCCCCUCCUCCGGAAAGUUCGGCGCAGGGUCAAAGUUUACAGGAAGCAAAGCGUAAAGAGGCCGAGAAAAAAGCCAAGGAAGCCAAAGCAAAGGCGGAAAAGGAGGCCCAAUCAAAGGUGGAGCGAGAAGGCAAAGGAAAGGAACGACGGAAUACAAAUGAAAGUAUUGAGAGUCAAUCCUCUACUCACACUCCUGCAGAGCGAAGUUACGCAGAGGAAGUCAGACAACGAAAGGUACAUGCAGCUGAAGAACGAAAACGAAUUCUGAAACGUAUCGAGGACGAUAAGCGGGAACGAAGGGAACGUGAAGCAGAGGAGAAAAAGGCGAGACUUCUUCUAAGCGGUGCGCAAGAAGGUGAAGGAGCUACCACUCAGGCGGCACCUAUCCAACUAAAUCGAAUACCACGCGCCGCAUCGGGAGGAGAUCAUUGCAAUCUCCAGGUCCGACUAUUUAAUGGUUCAACGAUACGCUCUCGCUUUAAGAGCGACGCUACCUUGAACACCGAAGUCCGAAAAUGGAUCGACGAAGAUCGAACCGAUGGCGACGCCCCGUACACCUUCCGAGUGGUUCUGACUCCUCUUCCCAAUAAGGUCAUCGAACCCACCGAGGAAAUCAGGUCUUUACUAUCGCUCGGACUAGCCCCAUCCGCAACCCUCGUCCUCGUCCCUGCCAAAUAUAGCUCUGCCUAUGCGAACUCCAAUGGGUUUGUCUGGCGCACCUUCGCAUAUAUCCUGGGUUUGUUCGGCGCGGGCUAUGGCCUCUUGGCUAGUGUGCUAGGUGGGUUCACGGGGGCUUUCGGUCGCAGACGAGACGAUGAACAAGAAGGGAUUCAGCUACAAAAUUUGGCGGGUGCGAGAACAGCAUCGCGGAUCAGAGGAUUUCAGAAUGAGGAUGAUCAACGUCGAGACGCGCAGUUGUAUAACGGAAAUUCGGUGAGCUUCUCUUCUGUCUCCUAUGCCGAAAUCUAUUACAAAGAUGCUAAUAUUCUAUAGCUGAACUUUGAACCACGAAGAG